AUGGAUGGUCGUGCUGUGGCCUUCCACACACCGGCCCACUUGCGUUCGUUCAAAAAAGACGAUGUUAUUCUCACCACCUACAUCUUAGAGUUCGGUGCUGCUCUGGAACCAAAUGCCUGUCAAAAAAUGACAAAGAGCACUGAAUGCCUGUUUGAAGCUUUGGGCUGA